GGGUAGAAGGAGGGAACACAUUUCGGGGGUUAAGUGUGGUGUUUCUCGGCUGAUGUUUGUUUCGUAGCCUACUCCCACGGAGGUUUGGUGAAGUGCGUUGGCCAUUUUACCUUCGAUGCGACCAAAUCUUGCUUAGUUGGUGGUUGAUGCUGUAUUCAUGUGCAAUGCUUCUGACAGCACUUCCCCAAUUAAACAUAAAGGUUGAGGAUCCUGUUGACAUGCUUCCCAAGUCGAGGAAAGCCCUCAGCAUCCAGGAGAUUGCUGCUCUGGCCAGAUCCUCAUUUAAUGGGAUUUCCCAGGUGGUGAAAGACCAUGUGACCAAGCCCACUGCAAUGGCCCAGGGUCGUGUGGCUCACCUGAUUGAGUGGAAAGGCUGGUCCAAGCCUCUGGACCCCCCCUCCGCCACUCUGCAGUCUCACUUCAGUUCCUACUGCCAUCUCACUGAGGGAGAACAGGAGGCACGCUUCGCCGCAGGCGUGGCUGAACAGUUUGCAAUUGCUGAAGCAAAGCUCCGGGCAUGGACAUCCGUGGAUGAGGAGGAUGCAGACGAGGAAGAUGAGGAAGAUGAGGAGGAGGAGGAGGAGGAGGAGGAAGAUGCUGACUUUUGCGACGAGGACAACUUCAAAAAUAAUGACCUCUCUCAAAAUACUGAAAGCACAGACGCCUCAUCAUCCAAUCCGAAUCCACUCAUUCAAACUCCCUCCCUGGCUGAGUUAGACAGAUCAGAGGCCCAGACCCAGACCCUCCCCAACGGUUCUCCCCACCCUUUAGAGCAGCAGGCCAGUCUGGUGGAGUCCCAGGCCCUGCUGUUGAAGGGGCAGGGGGAGUUGGAACUCAGAAGCUCCACAGAGCCAGCCCAUCCGCCAGGCAUGGAGGGUGUGGUGGAGGAGCAUAAGCCGGCGGGGGACCAGGAGCAGCAGCAGCAGCAGUCCCAGGUGUGGGACCUCAACUCUGGGGGCACGUGCGUCACCCCCAGCCCCCACCACAGGCCCAGCCGGAGGUCUCUGUGGAGCGGCGGAGACUCCUGCUACUACUCCAUCACCUCCUACUCUGAGCUGGGCUUCUCCCCGGAGGAGAAGGAGGAGGAGGGAGGGGGGGAGGGGGAGGGGAGGGAGGGGAGAGAGGAGAGGCAGCAGGAGCGCCACCUGGUGGACGAGGAGGGGGAGGACAGUGUCUUCCGGGACGCCGGCGUCCACUGCUACAGCCACUGCCGCAGCAUGUCCGACACCUCGGGCGCACUGUCCUUCGAGGAGGAGGAGGAAGCAGAAGAGGAAAAAGAGUGA